GCACCCACCUCUAAUCUCUACCCAGCUGAUCCGAAAUUGUGUUGUUUACCAUUUACCACUUAGGAUAUUUGCCUAAUUUGGCCAUUGUAAAGAAAUCUCAGAGGUCGAAGGUCACUGCCAUGUCGGAGGAUCACGGGAAGGACUACACCCUGGAAGGCGACUCCGAGCUGCGCUUCGAAAUCGAGCAGAAGGACGCCAAGGUCCUGGUGUCUCUGGUCAAUGGCUUCGCGGAGAUGUUCGGCACAGAGCUGGUCAAGAAAAAGCAGUACGAGUUCGGCAUGGGCGCCAAGGUGGCCAUUUUCACAUACCAGGGCUGUGUGCUGCACGUCUCCGGCAAAAUGGACGUGUGCUACAUCUCCAAGGAGACGCCGAUGGUGCAGUACGUCAACUGCCAUGCGGCCCUUGAGCAAUUCCGCACGGAGGCCGAGGAGAAGGACCGUCGGGGUCCCGUGGCCAUGGUCGUCGGUCCCAUGGACGUGGGCAAGAGCACGCUCUGCCGCAUCCUGCUUAACUACGCGGUGCGCGUGGGUCGACGGCCCCUGUACGCCGACUUGGACGUCGGCCAGGGCUCCAUUGCCAUUUCCGGCAGCGUGGCCACCAUCCUCAUCGAGCGGCCGGCGAGCGUCGAGGAGGGGUUUGCCAAGACGGCGCCGCUGGUCUACCACUUCGGCCACAAGUCGCCCAGCGGAAACAGUGUCCUGUACAAUGCCGUCGUCUCCAAGAUGGCCGAGGUCUCGCUGCAGUCCCUGAGCAGCAACAAGCGCACAAAAAGCUCCGGCAUCAUAGUAAACACCUGUGGCUGGGUCAAGGGCUCCGGUUAUGCGCAUCUGUUGCACGCUGCCCAGGCGUAUGGGGCCUGUGCCAUCUUUGUCUUGGAUCAGGAGCGUCUGUACAACGAGCUACUGCGCGAUGUGCCCAAAGGUGUCAAUGUGGUGCUGCUGCCCAAGAGCGGCGGUGUCGUGGAGCGCAGCAAAGAGCUGCGGCAUGAGGCGAGGGAUCAACGCAUCAAGGAGUACUUUUACGGAAACUCAAGGGCCCCCUUCUACCCGUUCAGCUUCGAGGUGAAGUUCCAGGAUCUGCGCCUGUACAAGAUCGGCGCUCCGCCGCUGCCAGACUCCUGCAUGCCAAUAGGAAUGAAGGCGGAGGACAACAAGACCAAGGUGGUGGCCGUUACUCCCACACCAGCGCUCAUCCAUCACGUGCUGGCACUCAGCUUUGCCGAGUCCGUGGAGGAUGAUGUGAUUGGCACCAACGUCGCCGGCUUCUGCUGCGUCACUGAAGUGGAUAUGGAGAGGCAGGCCGUGAUGUUGCUUUCCCCGCAGCCCAGACCUCUGCCACCAAAUGCCCUGCUGCUGUGGUCGGAGCUUCAAUUCAUGGACAAUCACACCUAGCAUUUAUAAAUGCUCUCGUCUAGAUGUACUUUAGGAAUUAUAAAAUUAUUAUUGGUCUUUAUUCAAAUAUACUGUUUUAGAUAUAUACAACAUUUA